GAUUGAGAAGAGUCAAGAGCUGAAGGAUUUGGAAGAGAAAGAUCAUGAUUUAAAAAUUGGAGAAAAGAUGGAAUGUAACAGUUUUCUUAUAUGCCGUCAGUGUGGAAAGAGUUUCAAUCGAAAACAAAACCUUACGCUCCACAUGAAAGUUCACACUGGAGAGAGACAUUUCAUCUGUAAACAGUGUGGAAAGAGUUUCACUCAAAAAGGAAACCUUAAAAUUCACAUGAGAGUUCACACUGGAGAGAGACAUUUCAUCUGUAAACAGUGUGGAAAGAGUUUCACUCAAAAAGGAAACCUUAAAAUUCACAUGAGAGUUCACACUGGAGAAAAGCCUUAUACUUGCUCUCAGUGUGGACAGGGUUUUGCACAUAAAGGCAACCUUAAUUCCCACAUGAGAACUCACAGUGAAGACGGCUUGUUCACCUGCAAACAGUGUGGAAAGAAUUUCCCUCAAAAACAAAACCUGGCAAUCCACAUGAGGAUUCACACUGGAGAGAAGCCUUACACUUGCACUCAGUGUGGAAAGAGUUUUGCUUAUAAACAUACUCAUAAUAACCACAUGAGAAGUCACACCGGAGAGAAGCUGUUCAAAUGUGAUCAGUGUGGAAGGAGUUUCACGACAGAACUAACCCGUAGAUACCACAUGACCAUUCACACCGGAGAGAAACAGUUCAAAUGUGGUCAAUGUGGAAGGAGUUUCAUACAUAAAUGAGAGAAUGUACUGGUAGUGUACUCAUCUGAUGACAUCUGGAAGGUACCUCCAUGAAGUUGGCGCCCCAUAAAAAUAAAU